ACUUCCCGAAAACGCUGUUCUUCCUUUUUGCACACACACUCUCACGUGUAGCCUUUUCAUUGAUUUUUUCAUUUCGUAUUGUUUUUUCGCUUGGAUCUUGAACCGAAAUGGCUACAGCAGCAUAUAGGCCAUUAAUUUCUGUUUACAACGAAAAAAACGAAAGCACUGGUACGACAAUCAAAUUGCCAGCCGUUUUUCGUGCACCGAUCCGUACCGAUAUUGUUAACUAUGUUCAUACGAACAUUCGAAAGAAUCGUCGCCAACCUCAUGCUGUUUCCAGAGAAGCAGGCCAUCAAACCAGCGCUGAAUCUUGGGGAACUGGUCGAGCUGUAGCUCGUAUUCCUCGUGUUCGUGGCGGUGGUACCCAUCGAUCCGGUCAGGGUGCAUUCGGCAACAUGUGCCGUGGUGGUCGAAUGUUUGGUCCGAUCCGUGUUUGGCGACGUUGGUAUCGAAAAGUUAAUCGCAAUCAACGUCGAUAUGCAGUCGUUUCAGCUAUCGCUGCAUCAGGUGUUCCAUCCAUCGUUAUGAGUAAAGGUCAUGUUGUCAAUGAUGUGCCCGAAUUUCCAUUGGUCGUUUCGGAUAAGGUUCAAGAAUUGAACAAAACCAAACAAGCUGUGGAAUUUUUGAAGCAAGUCAAAGCCUGGAGUGACAUUGAACGUGUUUAUCGAUCAAAACAUUUCCGUGCUGGUAAAGGUAAAAUGCGAAACCGUCGUCGUGUUCAACGACUUGGUCCAGUCGUUGUUUACGGAACCGAUAGUGGAUUGACACGAGCUUUCCGUAAUAUUCCUGGCGUGGAAUUGAUGAAUGUUGAAAAAUUGAAUCUUUUACGCUUGGCACCUGGUGGACAUGUUGGCCGUUUUGUCAUUUGGACUGAAAGCGCCUUCCGCAAAUUAGAUGAAAUUUAUGGUACAUGGAAAGCUGAAUCAAAACAAAAACGUGAUUACACUUUGCCACAACCAAAAAUGGCCAAUACCGAUUUAUCUCGUUUAUUGAAAUGCGAUGAAAUUCAAAGUGUUCUUCGACCACGAAUCACGAAAGUUGUUCGACGUUCUGUCAAGAGAAAUCCGCUUAGAAAUCCAUUGGUCAUGCGACGAUUGAAUCCAUAUUCAUGGGUUUUGAAAACUCAAGCUCGGGCAAAUAAUCUACGACGACGACGUGCAAAAGAAAUUCUUCGCCGUCGUAAAGCUGGCGAAAAAGUCGACCAAAAAUCUUUGGACAAAGCAGUCAAUUUGUUGGGAAUUAAACUCCGUAAAUACAAGGAGUACAAGCUGGAAAGAUCGAAAAAAGUGGCAACCAAAAAAGAAGAAAAGAAAUGAAAAAUUUAAUGAAUGAAUUUUUUUUUGUAUUGAUAAAUAAUAUAAAAAUUAAUAAUAAUAAACAUGUGUUUUAUUUGCCACAUCA